AUGGUUCUAAUUAUCCUGCUUGGAGUCGAAUCUUUCACCACUGCUCUCCUUGCCAAAAACAAGCUGGUGUUUGUUGAUGGUUCGAUUUUGCGUCCUGGCCGUGAAGAUCUUCUCUAUCAGCCAUGGAUUCGCUGCAAUAGCAUGGUAAUCUCUUGGAUACGCAACUCUGUUUCUCCUCAAAUAUGCUCGAGUGUUAUGUACCUCGAUGAUGCUUAUUCAAUCUGGUCAGAUCUGAAUGAUCGAUUUUCUACCGGUGAUUCUGCUCGGAUCUAUCAGUUGAAACAACAGCUGAUGUCUCUCUCUCAAGGCACCUCUGAUGUCAAUGGUUAUUUUACAAAUCUAAGGAUUGUUUGGGAUGAGUUCAAAAGUACUCAGCCGAUCUCAUGGUGCACCUGUGGUCGUUGUAAUUGUGGUAGCGCUACACGGUGGCAUGAGCAUCAAGAGCAUGACUGCACCAUGCAAUUUCUCAUUGGAUUAAAUCCAUCUUUUUCUCAGAUUCGAUCUCACAUCUUAUCUAUGGUUCCUCUUCCCUCUUUGUCUAAGGUCUUUGCUCUGGUCAUUCAGGAAGAGAGGCAACGACACAUUGAUGGUACAAGCUUCUCCUCUCAUAUAUCUACUCCUGCUCAUGUUGUUCCUGUUCCUAGUGAGCAGCCGUUUGCUAAUGCUACUUCUUCUUAUGGCCGAGGCAUGAAUAAAUUCCACUGUUCUCAUUGUGGUAAGACUAAUCAUCCUCUGGAGAAAUGUUUUCUCCUACAUGGUUUUCCUCCGGGUUUUGGCAAAGGCAGAGGAAAGGCACCUCAAGCUACUGCUCAUUCUGGAAAUGCAGCCUCUAAUCAACAUAAAUCUGUUAAUUUUGUGGAGGAGACAGUAUCUGCUUAUCCUUUGCCCUUGUCUUCAUCUGCUGCAUCUGCUGUUGUGAAUCUCCCAAGUAUUGAUCAAUAUCAACAGCUUAUCAGUCUUUUGCAGAGCCAACACCUCCAUAACUCCACUUCUUUGGCUAGCAACUCUACCUCUGUCAGUCACUCUCAGCCAUUAAACAAUUUUUCUGAUACAGGAGCAACUCACCAUGUUUGCUUUGAUCAAUCUCUCUUUUCCUCUUCCUCUCCAAUAGCUAAUGCAUCUGUCAACCUCCCAAAUGGCCAUACUGCUCCUUGUUACUCACCUAGGUACUGUCCAACUCACUUCUCUCAUCACACUCUCUUCCAUUCUUCAUGUGCCAUCCUUCUCAUUUAACCUAAUAUCUGUUAGUGCUCUCACUCAACACACUUCUUGCACUGUUGUAUUUACUCACAAUAGCUUCAAAAUUCAGGAAGCUAUACUGGGGACUGUGAUUGGGAGGGGUAACCAUGUUGGCAACUUAUACAUCUUUGAGUUCCCUGAUUCACCAAGUAAUGCAGUAAGCAGUUUUCCUUCUACUUCUCAGAAUAAUGUAUCUGCCAUUUCUCAUGAUGUUUCUGUUAACUCAGUUGUAAGUCUUGAUGUUUGGCACCAACGCUUGGGCCAUCCUUCUCUGAAUAAACUCAAAGUUUUGUCUAAA